CGAGAACUUUAGGCAGACGUUUCGGUGUUCUAAGCGAAAAAAGAAGCCAGUGAUUGGAUGUGGAACAAUGAACAACAGCCCCAAGGAUCCCUAUCGUGGUGGCCCCCAGGAUGGUGGCGCAUCGGCGGGCGUGUCCAUCAGCAUCGACAUCAGCGACGACAAUGACUCAACCACAGCGGAGCACGACUUCCUUCUGCCCGCCUCCUCUUCGUCGGGGACAUCUGGAGGAGGCGGUGGAGGAGGAGGCCCGGGGGGAUCGGCUAAUACUAGCAUCAACCUGGAGCACGGCCACGUACCCACAGCUCGUAGUAGCAGUCUAAGCGGAGGCAAUAACCGCCAUGGCAACAUCCUGUCCACAUUUUUGGCACGUCAGCGAUCCUAUACUCCGGCCAGCAACAGUAGCUCCCCCGUCCGGGUGACCACUCAAAUGAACCGUCGAUUGCAACAGUCCCGCAGCAUGGGUGCUAACAAUGGUGGUAGUAUGGAGGAGCCUUCGGGAGCAGGAGCCCCCGGUGGGCCAGGAGCAUCGCCCGGAACUGCAGCAGGUGUAAGGCAAUUGGGCUUUUGGCGCGUUAAUCUCAACGAUGUGUUCUCCCUGUCCACGGCUCCAUCAACGGAGGCUUUGCGCUCCUUCAUUACACAUUCCAAUUUUAGAUAUCCUCCCUCUGCUGCUGCAACAUCAGUGGCAUCAGGAGCUCAGCCAUCAGCUAAUCCUGUAGACAAUUCGCACAUAUUGCUCAGCCAGCAGCAGCCAUCGCUACCGGAACCAGUCAGUCCUCUGCGACUUAGCCGCGUUGGAGGAGCUGUAGGACCCAGUGGAGCUGGAGCAAUGGGCAGGAGCAUCUCCUUGCGCGAGGGAGAGAUGCGGCACAAUAACAGCCUUAACGGAGGACGACACAAUGCUAGUGUCAUAGGAUUAAACAGCAAUCCGGUGGCCUUCGAGGAAUACGAGCCUAAUGAUACCCAGGAUUUAGGCGAAGGCGGUGGUAAUGGAGAUAACGGAGGCGGCGCAGGAGGUGGCAAUCAACCAGAACCCCCAGAAAAUCAACCUGAAGAUGAGCACCACAUAUCUGAUGACAUGGUGGUGCAGAUCCUCAGCCAUUUUGUACGCUAUCUGCCGCUAAUCUUCAUUCUGUUCAUUAAGUUCAUACACGACCACUUGUUGGGCAUUGUUGAUCUACUCGUGCUCCAGACGGUUAUGUACAAUGUAAACCGGUCAGUGCGGGACCAGGUGGCUCGAUUGGCUCAAAAGAACUACGCUGUGAUGGUGAGAGAUGCUUGCCUUGUAGUUGUGGUGGUCGCAUUGCGUCUGUUCCUGGCCACUGCACCGCCAGAUCCAAUUGGCCUGAUUGUGCCGCCGCCCAGGAAAGCCUUUACCUUGGAAAUUUCUGGCCUGCAUUCUCACACGAGCUCCGAGGGAAGCAAGAUGUUGACUGCCAAUCCCACCACGUCAUCGGAAACUCUAAAGGCCUCCAUCACCACGGAUACGUAUGACGCCCUCAAGGUCAUCCCCCUGGGCAUGUUGCUUUACUACAUAGCUGUGAGCGAUCUCAUAAUAAAGCUGCUAACAAUGCUGAUCAAACUUAUAAUUACCAUGCUGCCGCACCAUUUGAUGAGACUCAAAGUGCGGGCACGUCUAUAUGUGUUGGUAGAGUACAUUUCACAAUUCUACCGAGCGUUGACACCCAUUACACAAUGGUUCAUGUUUCUGUACGAGUCCUAUUCUGGCUUGGAGGUGGUAUCCGGAGGACUGUUCUCCGCUUUGUACCUAGGUGCCAAGAUAUUCGAGCUGGUAGAGCGCGCCAAGUCGCUUAAGAAAGCCAUUGUAACCUUCAGAAAAAAUAUUGACUCUGAGCGACCGCCGACCAAAGACGAACUGGAUGCCGCGGGCGCCCUGUGUCCAAUCUGCCAUGACGCCUUCAACACACCAACUGUGCUGGAGUGCGGCCACAUCUUCUGUGAUGAGUGCGUCCAGACCUGGUUCAAGCGCGAACAGACCUGUCCAAUGUGCAGGGCGAAGGUCAGCGAUGAUCCCGCCUGGCAGGACGGCAGCACCACCUUCUUCCAUCAGUUGUACUAGCUACGCCACCAAAGAAAUUUCCACGGAUUUCGCGUGUACAUAUAUGUAGUCGCUAGCUAGCCUUUUGUUUAAUUAAACUGACAGUUAUUAAUUAUUACUACAA